GUACCUCGUUUUUGUGUGUGCGUGCUUAAUAACGCCCCGGCCAGAUUUGUGUCUGAACGCCUCUGUUUCAGCACUAUCUCGAUAUGCUAGCCUUGAGCUGCCUGCUACACUGACAAGUUUCUGCGAUAUAGCCGAGAGUGGCUACGCGAGCGAGCAUCACAGCCUGAUAUCCUGCUGCUACCCCGGGAGAGGCGAUGAUGGCGGCGGCCGUAGAGAGAGGAGGAGUGCGGGCCGCUUUCCUGAACCCAGGUAGCGGCGGCGGGAUCGGUGGACCACCCCCGGCACCUAUGCCCUCUGCUCCCGGAGCCGCGGUUGGAGCCGGAGGCAUGGGUUCGAAUUCGGGUGGGUCGGAUGGUCCCAUGCCCGUGCCUAUGAAUCUUUUUGCGACAUGGGAAAUAGACCGCUCUUCUCCGAGUUGUGUUCCAAGAUUGUGCAGCCUGACCCUCAAGAAGCUGAUUGUCCUCAAAGAAUUGGACCGAGAGCUUAGCUCUGUGGUGAUAGCUGUCAAAAUACAGGGCUCCAAGCGCAUCUUGAGGUCCAACGAGUAUGUCCUUCCUCCAGAUGGACUGAUGGAGACUGACCUUGAGCUGACCUUCUCACUCCAGUAUCCCCACUUCCUCAAAAGGGACGCCAACCGAUUGCAGAUCAUGCUGCAGAGGAGGAAGCGAUAUAAAAACCGCACCAUCCUGGGGUAUAAGACCUUAGCUGUGGGCGUCAUCAAUAUGGCAGAGGUGAUGCAGCAUCCGACAGAUGGAGCCCAGAUCCUGGGUCUCCAUAGCAACGUGAAGGAGGUGCCGGUGCGUGCGGCCGAGCUCAGCGUGUAUUCCCUGUCCAGUCAGCCCAUUGACCAUGAGGACGGCAGCGGGCAGCCAGGGACCAAGGCCAAAGCCUUAGAUCGCUCCCCGGAUAUGGACAACUACUCAGAGGAUGACGACGACAGCUACUCCUCGGAGCAGGAAGCUAGCGACGAUGCCGUUCAACCAGUGGACCUGUAUGAUGAGGAUGAGGAUGUGCAAAGGAAGCCAAAGAAAAACCGGAGGAAAAUGAUUCGUACAACAUCCAUGACAAGGCAACCCAAUUUCAAACAGAAGUUUGUGGCCCUGUUGAAGAGAUUCAAAGUGACGGAUGAGGUUCUGGACUCGGACCCAGUGGACCAGACCCAGGAGGUGGAGGAGGAUCUGGACCUGCUCUAUGAUAGUCUGGAGGUUUACAACCAGAGUGACAGCGGCCCUGAGAUGGAGGACAACGAGAGUGUCCUCAGCACGCCCAAACCCAAACUCAAGCCCUUCUUUGAGGGAAUGUCCCAUUCGAGCUCCCAGACUGAGAUUGGGAGUCUACACAGUCAGAAGAGCCAGCCCAGGGACCUGGCCAGCAUCGGUGGAGAGCUGCUGUCCCCGGACAGGGCCAAAGUCCAAAUAGGGACCAAGUAUACAGAUGACAGCACCGGAUUGGAGUCUCCUGCAGGGGACGCGGAGGAUGAGGAGACUAGGGCUGGCACAGGGUCAGGGGAGGCUAACCCCACUCCCAUCAGCUGGGACCUGAGCACGGACAAACUGCCCGGCCCAGUGGCCAAACUCUGCAAGACCGAGUCCCAGACACUCAUGUCGCCGAGUAAAACAGAGAACAAGCUGCAGAGGCGUCCGAGGAGCACAUCCAUGAAGGACCGACAGAACUCCAAGGCCCAGAGUGACAGGACCAGCAGCAUCGACAGCGAGACAUCCCCGGAAUCCAGGAUCGCUGUCCAGGUCCCCAGGAAGUCAGUGUAUGACCAGCUAAACCAGAUCCUUAUCUCCGACGAGCAGCUCCCCGAGAGCAUCAUCCUCAUCAACACCACAGACUGGCAGGGCCAGUAUCUAUCUGAGAUUCUCCAUGAGCACAGCCAGCCUAUCGUGUGCACCAUCUCUGGUGCGGAUGUCCAUGCGGCCUUCAACACCAUAGUCACCAGGAUCCAGAGAUUCUGUAACUGCAAUGCCCAGACACCCCCCACCAUCAAAGUGGCAGUGGCCGGAGACCAGAGUUACCUCAGCACCAUCCUCAGGUGCUUCGUGGAGCAGCUGGCUAACAAGACGCCUGAUUGGCUCAGCUACAUCCGCUUCCUGGUCAUCCCUGUUGGCACUCAUCCUCUGGCCAAACACAUGUCUUCGUUCGACAGUAAGUUCAACAACAUCUUCAUGGACGCUGGCUGGAGGGACUUGUUCGGCAGACUGGAGGCCCCAACAUCAGUUUCCAUAGACAACAUUGAUGUAGCAGGCCGCGUGUCUCAGUACCUGGCUGGGGCCAGCGUCUCGCACCAGUGUCCCAUCUCUGAGGCCAUGCUCACCUACAAACAGAAAAGGAAGAGAAGCUUGUAUUUUGAUUUUUACAUCAGCCCUGACGAGGACUCCUGUCAGAAGUUUGUGCCAUUCAUUGGGCUGGUGAAAGUGGGCAUCGUUGAGCACAACCUUUCAACCUCAAUGGACUCUGAUGAUGCUGUGAUGGGGAGCAUCAAUAUUCUGGCGUCCACUCCCCCCCAGCCGGGACCACCCUACAUGAAGGACCUGACCUGCACCCCGCCCCCCUCCCCCUCCGUCUCAGCCACCCUCGCCGGAGCUGGCUCUCCGGUGACGGGCGGGGAGGUGAUGGGGCUCCAGGUGGACUACUGGGCAUGUCACAGCGUUGACAAGAAGAAGGAAGGCGAGAAGCGAGACGUGGGCAUCAAGAAUACCCUGAAGAGCAACUUCCGCUCGCUGCAGGUGUCCCGCAUCCCCAACGGGGGCGAGCUGACCCCUCCUCCCGGCAUGGCCAUGACCGUCGUCAUGAAGGAGAAGAACAAGAAAGUGAUAUUCCUGAGUAAAAAGCCCAAGGAGAAGGAGGUGGACUCCAAGAGCCAGGUGAUCGAGGGCAUCAGCAGGCUGAUCUGCGCUGCCAAACACCAGCACACCAUGCUGAGAGUGUCCAUUGACGGUGUGGAGUGGAAUGACGUCAAGUUUUUCCAGCUGGCCGCCCAGUGGCCCACUCACGUCAAGCACUUUCCUGUUGGCAUCUUCGGCUACACCAAGCCUGCCAUGUGACAUAUCACUGCCACCUAAACCCAAGUAUGGGUAGCUGCAGCCCAAUAUGGCGACCGGAGUAUGUGCAAGCGGGUGUGUCGAAAGGAGUGGGUGUAUGGAAAGCUAAUCUGCUAAUUGGGAAGAUUUGUUGCCACUCAAGACCGUUUUGCAUGGCUGAUACGAGUCAAUAAGCCACCGACCACUGCAACGGUUUUGUAUCGAUGUGCCUGCUGACCGGAGGGGCUUCCCACUGGGCAGCCGUGUCACAUAGUCACCAGAGGUAGCUAACAUGUAGCAACAACAACAAAAAUCUCCCAUGAUUUUGUUUCCAAUAGGAUAGAAGCCUACACAAGAAAUAACUAAUAUUGAUAACCAUUGAGAUUUCACAUUGAUACAUACAUACAGUUUAAUCAAUGGGCAGGGCAUGAAGGGCAACAACAUCUGGACACAGUGUCCUUGAUCCCGCUUUGCCAUGCACCACUGUCCCGGUGUGAGAAGUAGCUAUUUAGUAGCCAAUAUCAGGAUGACAGUCAGAGUGAGCAUACGCAUACAAGCAAUAGUACACCCAUCAUCAGUACUUUUAUUUUUUUUUAAAUAAACUAUUGUCAGUUUUACAACUUAAAAGGUACAUUUAUUUGUGUAAAACUAACAGCGAAAUACGAAUCAAACUCAAGUCCAAACUCUCUCAGUACGAUAGUUGUGUGGUAAAAACCAGAACAAAAAAAACUGCAUCAUCAAAACCAUCUAACCCACUGGUUCUCAAUCCUGGUCCUGUGGACCCAAAGGGGUGCACAUGUUUUCCCCCCUAGCAAUACACAGCUAAUUCAAAUAAUCAACUCAUGAGGCUUUGAUGAUUUAAAUCAGGUUUGUAGUGCUAGAGCAAAAAUCUAAAUGUGCACCCCUUUGGGUCCCCAGGAUCAGGCUUGAGAACCAGUGGUCUAACCUAUAGUAGAGCGCUUUCGACACACCCACUCCUUUCCACACGCCCACUACUUUCCUUUCGACACACCCACUCCUUUCCACACGCCCACUACUUUCCUUUCGACACACCCACUCCUUUCCAAACGCCCACUACUUUCCUAUCGACACACCCACUCGCCCAUACUCAGGUCGACAUAUUGGGCUGCAGCUACCCCCUUCUCUCUAAACCCUGACCCUAGAACAGCCAUGAUCUCCCAUAGAGAGAGACAAGCUGGAUUCCAUUCUGAAAAAUCACUCCCCUCCUUUCUGUUCUUUGAUAUUUGUAUUUACUAGAUAUUGAGGCUAUAAAUAUGGUAAUAGUUCCAUCAAGUGAAGAUUAUAGGUCCUUACAUGCUGGUUCCCAAUGUUUCAAAAUGAAAUACAUUUCUAAGUCAAAGUUUGAAAUGAAUCCAACUCUUUCAGCUCUCCAUGGGCUUUCCAAGUUACCGAAGGUAGUGGGGAAAGCUGGGAGUAAGAUCCACCAGAUUGGAACCCAGCCGAGGCUGCUCUGACCAAGCAAAAAAAUGUAAACAAACCCCCUAGUCCUUUUCCUGUGGAAACUGUCCAAUUACAAACCUGUGUUCCCAGUAUAAAAUGGAUGUUGCUGUCAACGUCAAAUGUUACUGUUUUAUCCACCAGCAAAAAAAAAAUAAGGGAAAAAAUGUAUGCUGCCUUUUAAGUAUAAUAGUGUAUAUUGUGGUUAGAAACUUAGAAUGGCCACCUGUAAUGGCAGCUUUGUUGGCACUUUUUGUUACUAUAUUAUUAUUUCUGUGAAAUCCUAUAUUGGUAAAUGUCCUGUAUAUAAUGCAAGAGGAUUGAAGGGGUGCGUUGGAGUGUGUUCGCAGUGUGUGCCGGGAGCCAGUGUGUGUUACUGAUUUUUAAGGGAAAGGGUGGGAUGCUAAGAGAGGAAUUGCUGUGAAAUUUGCAGAGGACCCCCUCUUGCUAUGGAGAGAUGUAUUUCGUUCUCUUUUUUUUAUUGAGAAAAGUGACUUAAGUUUUUGAUACACUACUUUCAAGCUAGUAUACUUGCCUUCUUGAUUUAGAAGCACAUUUUACGGAAACAGAAUAGGGACAAUCAGUAAACCAAGAAACUUGGCACUGUAUAACGAGAGACGUUCAUCAGAGAGUGGGAUGUAUCCUUAGACGAGAUCAAUGCAGGGACUUCACUUGUGAAUUUGUGAAGAGGGACGUAGGUGCAUGCAAGAAUCUCUGGACACAAACGUGAAUAGGAGAGAGGAGUGAGAGUGGGGGAGGACAAGGAAAGAAGGAAACAAAUGUCUUGUUCCCAGUGCCCUGCUCUAACACACCUGAUUAGCCUACUGUCUCUGCAAAGGGCUCAGCAGUGCAGUUUUCAGUAAUACCUUUCUCACACUACUACUGAGUUGAUCCAAGCUCUACUGCACUGGCCUGGUUAAGCAUCCAUUAUAGUUGCUGGAAUUGUGUUCCAAAUGACCAGGUGGAAAGAAAAUACAGUUAAACAUAGUACAGUUUUGCUUGGUACAGUAGUGUGAAAAGGGUAUAAGAAUUCCCCAGUGCGUUGCUCGGUUCUUAAACUAUUUACCGGUGAUUUUGAAGUGGUGUCCUUUUUUCUAACUUCAUCCAUUCUGAAAGACAGCAAUCCCUUUAUGAACCUAGCGUGCCGUAUUCAACAAUGAACAAAUUGCUGUCAACUGUUCUCUGUUUUUAUACUCUCUUUAAAGAUGGACCCACUCAUAACGUUGAGUCAAAAAGGGCCACAGGCUUCAUUGGUUUUUAGGUAAUUGCCAGGAUUGACUCUGGGUACAUUGUGAGGGAGCAUUUUAAUGUCGGCAAUGUUUCUGUAUCGUGUGUUGAUGUUGUUUCAUGAGGUGUGUUUUCUCAUAGACCUAUGAGGGAAAUAACGUCCUGUGCCACUUCAGUCGAGGCUAAGCAGGACACUGGAAGGAACUUGGAAGUCAAAACAUCAGAUUCCUGCCUUAGUUAUUCCGCCUCCGUCUUUUGACCUGGUAUGUUUGUGUUGUCUAAUGUGACUUUACACGAAAGAAAUGGUUUUUUUUACCCUUAUUUAACUAGGCAAGUCAGUUAAGAACAAAUUCUUAUUUUCAAUGACGGCCUAGGAACAGUGGGUUAACUGCCUGUUCAGGGGCAGAAGGACAGAUUUUUACCUUGUCAGCUCAGGGGUUUGAACUGGCAACCUUCCAGUUACUAGUCCAACACUCUAACCACUAGGCUACCCUGCCGCCCAAAUGAAAAUGCAUUUCAUUUGGAUGAAAGUGUGUUUUGGAGACUUAAGUGUGUGUGUUUGUGUGUGCAUGCGCUGAUAAGGGAUACUGUGUAACCCCAUUUGUCAAUUUCAACCCUUUGAAAACUAUGGCUUCACUUGCGAUUAGAUACUACAUCUAUAGUAUUACAUUUGAUGUAUUUUUUGUUCAUCUUCACAGUGGUAGCUGAUUUUAACAACAGUGUAUGUUACAGUAAAUUUUAUCCUUCAUGCAUUGCUGACCGUCAAGGUGUCUCGUGUUUUUGCCUCGGAAAGAGGGAAGGUCUUCAGUCAAUCCCACUCAUUUCACUGUACAAUGUUCCACUAUUUCAUGAUACAAAUAUACACUAUAUAUAUAUAAAAGUGUGUGGACACCCCUUCAAAUUAGUGGAUUUGGCUAUUUCAGCCACACCCAUUGCUGACAGGUGUAUAAAAUCGAGCAGAGCCGACUAAUAUCCAUAGUCAAACAUAGACAGUAGAAUGGCCUCACUGAAGAGCUCAGUGACUUUCAACGUGGCACUGUCACAGGAUGCCACCUCUCCAACAAGUCAUUUUGUCAAAUUUCUGCCCUGCUAGAGCUGCCCUGGUCAACUGCAUAUUCAUGCCCAUGAUUUUGGAAUGAGAUGUUGGACGACCAGGUGUCCACAUAAUUUUGGUCAUGUAGUGUAUGUAUACAUAACUGAUACAUAAAUAUGUUCCACUACUUAAUAAUACAUAUUUAUAUUAUAGCACUACUUUUGGGAAGUCAAGCGGCAGCAAGUAAUACCUAGAAAAACUGGACAGUCUAAUAACUCCAACAUUGAGCUUUUACAGCUCUUUUAAGUAUAGUUAAAGUUUGCAUAUGUUUUUGCACAAACAUUAUUUUAAAUGAUGUGACAGACAGUAUUCUUUCUUUUUUAAAUGAACCACUAAGAGAAUACAAGGUAAAAUCUCUUGUUUUUAUGAUGUCAUGUUUCAUAUCAGUUUUUGUUUAUUGAAAUAUUUGUUUUAUUUACAUCUUUCUCUUUAUUAAGUUUUUGUAUGGCCAUUUUAUUAUUCUAACCCUUUUUAAGAAAAGAGUUGAGCUCUUUUGUAAAGAAGUUCUGUUUGGAAAUUGGGUUUGAAGUGUUGUAAGUGAAAAACAGGCUAUUAAAGGAGUGUUGAGAGAAUUUG